AUGGCGCAGACUUUUGCGGACGAUCAUAAGAUUGAUGAGCUGGUUGAAAAAGUCCCUGCAGGUUGGUUUUCCUUCGAGUACUUCCCGCCGAAGACCGCGGAGGGUGUCGAAAACCUGCGCAAGCGGAUUGUGAAGAUGAAGGCCCUGGGCCCGCUCUUCACGGACUUCACUUGGGGAGCCGGUGGCUCAACGUCGGAGCUUACCUUGAAGCUCACCUCGGCGGCCAAGAACGAGUUUGGGACCGUGGCCAACAUGCACCUGACAUGCACGAACCAGAGCUCCGAGAUGACGGAGAAUGCUUUGAAGGAGUGCAAGCAGCUGGGAGUGCGCAACAUCGUUGCCCUCAGGGGUGACCCUCCGCGAGGCCAGGAGAAGUGGACGGCCACCGAAGGUGGCUUCAGCAGUGCUCUGGAUCUGGUCAAGUUCAUCAGGAAGCACUUCGGCGACUACUUCUCAAUUUCCGUAGCAGGCUAUCCUGAAGGGCACCCCGACAACAUUGAGACGGUUGAAGGCGGGGUGGCAGCUCUGACCGAGUCCGAAAAGCGAAGGGCACGAGUGGUGAAGGAUGCCUCCGGGAAGGAGAUUGUGACCGUCUGCCGCGAUGCCAAUUUCCACAAGGAGAUGGUGUAUCUGAAGGAGAAGGUCGAUGCCGGUGCCGCCUUCGUCAUUACCCAGAUGUUCCUGGAUGCCCAGGUUUUCCUGGAGUUCGUCAAGGAAUGCCGUAAGUAUGACAUCAAGGUGCCGAUCGUGCCCGGCAUCAUGUGCCUGAAUGGUUUGGGCGGGUUGAAGCGGAUGACGGAGCUUUGCAAGACACGAGUGCCCGAGGGCCUCAUGGAACGGGCGGAGAAGGCCAACACCUCCGAUGAGGCUUUCAAGGAGUUUGGCAUCCAGGAGGGCGUGGCCAUGUGCAAAGCGCUGCUGGAGGGUGGAGCGCCGGGUUUGCACUUCUACACCCUGAACCUGGAGAAAGUCGUCGUUGGUAUUCUCAAGGGCCUGGGAAAGAUCAACGAUGCACAGGCAGCAGCCUUCCAGGCAGUCGAGGCGGAUGCCAAAUUCAUGGUUUCGGCCCAAGGUAUCACCACGGGCACAAAGGCUAACGGCAACCGGCCAGCGCUGCCCGGCAACCGCCCGUUGGUGGAGGCAGACCCUGCGAUGCACGAGCUGGUGCAGCAGGAGAAGGCUCGGCAGAUGCGAUGCAUCGAGCUGAUCGCCUCGGAGAACUUUACCUCGCGGGCUGUGAUGGAGUGCCUCGGGUCGGCACUGACCAACAAAUACUCCGAGGGUCAGCCUGGAAACCGCUACUACGGUGGCAACGAGGUCAUUGACAAGGUCGAGAACCUCUGCAAAGAGCGUGCGCUGAAGGCAUUCAGCCUUGAUGAGAAGCAGUGGGGCGUGAAUGUACAGCCGUACUCGGGAAGCCCAGCCAACUUCGCUGUCUACACUGCGUUGCUCCCUCCUCAUUCCCGUGUCAUGGGCCUGGACCUGCCAAGCGGUGGACACUUGACGCAUGGCUACUACACUGCCCGAAAGAAGAUCUCAGCGACCUCCAUCUACUUCGAGUCUUUGCCUUACCGUGUGCACCCAGAAACCGGACUUAUCGACUUCGAUGAGCUUCGCAAGACAGCCCUCGUCUUCCGACCUGCCAUGAUCCUCUGCGGAGCCUCCGCGUACCCUCGCAUCAUCGACUUUGGAAAGUUCCGUGAAAUCGCAGACGAAGUUGGAGCGAUCCUGAUGGCAGACAUCGCCCACAUCUCCGGGUUGGUCGCCACCGGCGAGCAUCCGUCGCCCUUCGAGCACUGCGACGUCGUGACCACCACCACCCACAAGUCUCUGCGUGGACCACGGGCUGGCAUGAUCUUCUUCAAGUACACCGAGAAGAUCCCCGACAUCAAGGAGCGCAUCGACAUGGCCGUGUUCCCAGCACUCCAAGGUGGUCCCCACAACCACCAGAUCGGUGCUCUGGCCGCGCAGCUGCUGGAGGUGGACACGCCCAUGUUCAAGGACUAUGCUCGCCAGGUGAAGGCGAACGCCAAGACGCUGGCAGAGACUUUGAUGGGAAAGGGCCACAAGCUGGCGAGCGAUGGCACGGACAACCACCUCUUGCUUUGGGACCUGCGCCCCCAUGGCCUCACCGGCUCCAAAGUUGAGAAGAUCUGCGAGGCGGCCUCCAUCACCCUGAACCGCAACGCAGUGCACGGCGACGCCUCGGCCUUGUCGCCCGGAGGUGUCCGCGUGGGGGCCCCGGCCAUGACCACGCGGGGCUGCACGGAGCAGGACUUCAGGAAGAUCGGCGAAUUCCUGGACCGCUGCUGCCAGAUCGCCUUGAAGAUUCAGGCCGAGAAGGGCAAGAAGCUCAAGGACUUCGAGGCUGCCAUCCCAGGAAACUCCGAGGUCACAGCACUCAAGAAGGAGGUGGAGGAGUGGGUUGAAAGUGCAGUCACGGCCGGCUUUGAGAAGCGCAACCUGUCCCAGAAGGGCGCUCUCGGAGGUCAGUCCGCCUCUGCCGGCCUCUUCUCGGUUCGCGGAGCUGUUUCUGUUAUCAGCAGCACGAACUUCUUCACGGCCUCCCCCAUGGGCGUUCGUGACGGAGUGGACUACAUGUAUGCUGGUGUGAUCCGCUCGAUCAACGCGGAGCUGCUGCAGCGCCAGCUUCAGGACGGCGCGAUCGUGUCCAUGACCUCUCUUGGCUCCAGCCCGGGGGGCGAAGUCUUUUAUGUCUCAUCUGAGGAGCUGGCUGCCAAAGUGGCCAGCAGACUUCAAGCCAUCAAGCUUGUCUACAUAACCAGAGGGCAGUGCCUUGUGGACAAGCGGCAAUCCCGGAUCAUUGCAGGUAUGCAGGCGCACGAUGCUCGCCAGCUGUUGAAGCACCUGGAAUCUCCAGCUGAAGGCUCCUACACCGAAGAGGAGCAGCAGUCCGAUUGGUUUUGCGACUUCGUUCGGAGCCUGAGGCUGCUGGUUUCUUCGGUCUCACCCAAAGGAGUGCGUCGAGGACACCUGGUCGCAGCUUUUCCCGGCUCGUUGCUGCAAGAGUUCUACACGACGGAUGGAAGCGGCACUUGUGUGGCCCAGGAUGUUUACCAGGGCCUUGGCUGCGCAACCCGGGCGGACACGUCCUCCAUCCUGGAACUCCUGGGAGCAGAUUCGGAGGAGCCUGUGGAGUCGGAGGCGGUAGAGGCCAGCUGUGCGGCGGCAGAGUUCUUUGUCUGGCGUCGUGAUGAGGUGGUGCUGGGAUGCGGGCAGCUCGUGGCGCACUCGGUGCAGGAGUCGGGCAAGGUGGUCGCUGAGCUGAGACACUUGUCCUGCGCCUUGGGAACCUUCGUGGCCAAUGCCCCCGCGCUCUUCGCAUACGCGGAGCGAGCCGCCGUUCUCGGCGGCGCGCCGCUGAUGGCCGUGAGGCGGUCGCAGGACCCAGAAAGGAAUGCCUGGUUUGCCAGCCGUGGCUUCAAGGAGCCGUCCGAAUCGCAAUCCGCCCUGCUGCCCCAAUCCUUGCGUGGCCCGGGGAUUUUCGUGAAGCGCCUUGGGGAGACAUCAGAAAAAGAGGCGGAGGAAGCCAUCGCAGCGUAUGCAGAGGAGCAGCGAAUGUGGGGUGGCAUGGUUUAA